AUGAGAGUUGCUAGGCUUGUUGACAGUUAUUUCACAGAGGUUUCCAAAGACAGAAACCUUUCAUUAACCAAGUUUCAGGUACUUGCAGAAGCUUUGCCUGAAUCUGCAAGAACAUGCGACGAUGGGCUUUAUCGAGCAAUUGAUUCUUAUCUUAAGGCUCAUCCAUCACUGACUAAGCAUGAAAGAAAGUGUCUAUGUCGUGUGAUGGACUGUCAAAAACUCUCCAUUGAUGCCUGUAUGCAUGCUACUCAAAACGAGAGGUUGCCACUUAGAGUUGUGGUGCAAGUUCUCUUCUCUGAAUAGGUGAAAAUAAGCAAUGCAAUAGCCAAUGGCUCCAUGAAAGAAGCUGGUGAAGCUCAGUACCA